CAUAUAUCCCAGGGGCGCCGCCGCCUCUACUCAUUCGAAUUAAGCACCGGAGGCCUGUGCUGGGCGCAGCUUAACUGCGUGGGGGAGGGGGAGGCCGAAUAGACUUGGAAAGGGGAGAGAAAGCCUAAGACUGGACCAUCUCAGGUAAAAGGCUUCAGUUGGGAUGGCUUGGGAAAGCCUGAAAGUGCAGGAGCAUUGGAGACUCCUGGCGAGGCAAGAGUUAAUAGCUUCUAAGCUGCUCGCAUUUCAGUGCUGGGAGAGGCUUGUAAAACGGAGCCUGCUGGGAAAAUGGUGGGCUGGAGCUGGAGGAGAGAAGAUGGAGCUACAGUGAGAGAGGGGAUUAAUUUGUUUGAAAAGAAAAUUAAAAAUGCUCAACAUGCAAAACUCUGGUGAAGAAAAUGAAGGAAAACCAGAGAAUAUGCCAGAGGCAGAGGAACACCGUGCUUCGGAAGAUGCACCGCAGGAGGCAGAAGGAAAUCUUCAGCCUUCUGAAGAAGGUAUAAGCCAGGAAGCGGAAGGAAACCUCAGAGGAGGGCCAGCUCAAACUGGCCAGGAAUUUAAAGAGGACAUUCCUGUUAGACAUUUGGACCUUGAAGCAAUGAUAAGAGGAGCAGAUGAGUUGGAAAGGCUUAGGGAAGAGAUAAGAAGAGUAAGAAACAAGUUUGUGAUGAUGCAUUGGAAACAAAGACAUUCACGCAGCCGUCCUUAUCCUGUGUGCUUCAGGCCUUGAAUUGUUUUACGUGUGAUAUUAAAAUAUGGCCCUUGCUUUCUUCCUGGUAGCAUUUUCUGAUAUAUUUUGACCUUUGAUUUACUUUUAAUUACCUGGUGGUAUUUUAUUUUAGGUAGUUUUCUUGUUACCAGCAUCUCAUUGGAUUUUGAAUUUUGCCCCAUUUUCCUGGUUUUUCAAUUAGAAAGCUUUACACAUAUGCAUGUAAAUAUGUUUAUUCUGUGUUAUACAGUGAAACAUGAUAGGUUCCAAACAGCAUAUUUAAUAUCAAUUCCAAAUUGGGUGUAAGCACAAAGUAUAUAUAUAUAUAUAUAUAUAUAUAUAUAUAUAUCAGAAACAGAUGUGCAAAUUUCCUUGUGGUGCAAAGUUUUUUUGUUUCACCUUUGCUUAUGUGUAUUUUUUAAAUGAACACUUAUGUACACAAAAAGUUGAGAAUUUUUUUAUAAGAGUCAAAAAGGUAAUUUGCAACCAGCUUAAGGGCAGUGGGGGUACUGAAACUCUUGAUGAAUAAUUACAAAUGUGACAUGUAAAUCUCAAUUUACCUCUGGAUCUCUUAGCUAGAGGAAUAAAACUGGCAAUGCUGAAAGACA